CGGAGUUUUCUUAGACCGGUUCCUUCUGUCCAUCCUGUUCGACGCCGGUAGUUCCCCGCUCCACGGUCGGCGCUCCAAUAUUAGCUCUCAAAAAACACCCGUUUCAUUCCGAAGCCCGACCGAAGAAGAAAGCAAAGAAAGAAUGAUGCAGAGCCACACUCCGCCGGUGAUGCAGUCACCGGCGAGGCUCGGCCUGCCAAACGCCCACUCCCCCUCCCUCCCUCCAAACCCCAGUCCCAACCCUAACCCUAACCCUAACCCUAACCCUAACCCUAAACCCGCUGCCCCGUCCUCCUCCUCCUCCGCCACCGUCCCCACCGCUGGCCACCACCACCCGGCCGCCGCCGCUACCACCACCUCCUCCGCCCUCCUCUCCCUCCUCCCUCCUCUUCCCCGCGCCCAGGCCCUCCUCGCCCAGAUGGCCUCCCUUGCUACCAAGCUCUUCGAUGUCUCCCCCCAACGCGCCCACUGGCUCGCCUCCUUCCGUGGCUCCCUCCCCUCCUUUCUCCCCUCCGCCUCCGCCUCCGCCUCAGCCGCACCCAUCCCCUCCUCCUCCUCCUCCUCCUCUGCUGCCCCCUCAUCCGCCAAGGAGGUCGUCGCCCUCUUCACCGCCCUUCAGACCCAGAUCUUCGAAGCUGUCGCUGAGCUCCAGGAGAUCCUUGACCUCCAGGAUUCCCGCCUCAAGCUGGCUCGCGAGAUCCGUGCCAAGGACUCCACCCUCCUGUCCUUCACCAAAAAGAUCCGAGAAGCCGAGCAGGUGCUCGACCAAUUGGUCGACGACUACUCCGACUACCGUCGCGACCCGAAGCGCCCCAAAUCUGACCAGGAUUCCUCCGAUUCCGGCUGCUCUACUUCUCUUCGUUCCUCUUUGGAUCUCCAGGAGAUCCUUUCCUACGCCCAUCGUAUUAGCUACACCACAUUCGCCCCGCCGGAGCACGCCGGGCUGGCCCCGCUACGUGGCGCCCUCCCCCCAGCGCCGCAGGAGAACGAGAUGCGUGCGUCACAACUCUACCACUUUGCCGACCUGGACGUCGGGGUGCUCAAGAAGGCGCCGGAGGCGAAGGAAAGGGCGGCGGACGCCCUGGCGGAGCCGCCGCUGAUGGAGCCGACCCCACCAAGGGAGGAGGCCCCGGUGCCUAUCCCGCCGAUGCUGCCGAUUACUGUUCCGGCUGGAUGGAGGAAAGGGAUGCCGAUUGAGCUGCCAAACGAGCUCCCGCUGCCCCCGCUUGGGUGGAAGCCUGGAGACCCCAUCAAUUUGCCGUUGGAUGGGGUCGUGGUUGGUAAUAGGGAGGAGCAGCGGGUUGGUGGGGUUCCGGGAAUGCCUGGCGUGCCUGCACCGCCACCAAAGGCGCCGGAGGCAAUACAGGUCAAGUAUGUGCAGCUUGACAUCAAUCCGGACCAGGAUGAUUAUAGUAGCGAUUAUAGCAGUGAUGUUGGGAGCUCGGAGGAGGACGACGAAGAUUGAUCAUUUGGGACCUAUCAAGAAAGAAGUCGGUGGGAGUGGUUGUGAGAAUGAAGAGUUGGACUUUCUCAAUGCCAUAUUUAUCCCAAGCCGGCAAAUGAUUAGCUACAUCACAGCGGUUACCAUUGGUUCCUUCAAUAUAUAUCUCCUGUGCUUAUUUAUUGUCUUUAGCUAAGAUCAUUUUAUGUUCAGCAGAAUCAUCUUCUCAGUGAACUGAUGGUGGGAUUUUUAAAAAUGUCUGGCUAAAGAUAAAUGUGCUCCCCUUGUCUCCUAGUUCUUUAUUGACUAACAAACAUUGUGAAUAAUAUGUCAUGAUAUUUGGGAUCUGGAGCUCGAGAU